CGCACAUCCGCCUCUCCUCGCCUGGAGCCAUGGCUGCUCCGGCGUUCCACCUCCCCCUCUCCCUCCUCCUCGCCUCUCUGCUCCUCUCCACCGCAGCCGCAGCCGCCGCCUCCCACAACCACCACGGCGUGCCGGGGACCCAUGCCCACCUCCUCCACCACCACGGCCACGGCCAUGGCCACCACCACCGCUCCCCGUCCACGAUGACGGCCACCGCCCGCUUCGACACCGCGCCGUCCAUGCACCAGAACCGCGUCGAGUCGGAGUCGGAGGAGAACCGCCAGUCGCUGCGCGUCCUCGAGCCCUUCUUCACCCCGGCGGCAGCCCAGGCGCCCUCCGGCGAGGAGGCCAUGGCGGCGCUGGGCGCGGCCGCGGCGGACGCGGAACCGAAGACGCCGCUCGACCUGCCCCAGCCGCCCUCGCCGCCUCCUUCCUUCGUCGCCGCUGCGGAUCUGCCUCCCCUCGCGCCGCAAGCGGGGGACGCGAGGUGGUCCGCGCCUGAGGCCGUCGCCGCUCCUCCACCCGUCGACGAGCCCACCGCCACCACGACGACGACCCUUCCGCUCCCCAGCCCGUACCCCGAGGCGGCGAGCCCUCCGCCUCCCGUCCACGGCGCCGCGGCGGGGAUGGCGUCCUCGGGCGACGACCUCGGCCUGCAGCAGCUCGCCAAGGUGCUCGCGUCGCUGGGGUACAACGAGAUGGCGUCGGCGGCCACGCUCCUCGCCGAUUCGCCGUCUGUCGCGACCUGGCCCGGCGCGAUCACCGUCUUCGCGGCCCCCGACAUCUUCCUCCAGGCCGCCUGUCCCGGGUGCUCGCGCCGCCACCUCCUCCUCGACCACAUGGCCCUGGGCUACUUCCCCUACGCCGAGCUCACCGCCGCGCCCACCGUGAAGCUCCCGUCGGCCUCCGUCGGCUUCUGCCUCGACGUCGCUGCCGAGCACCGGCCCUUCUCCGUCCACCACGCCAGCCUGUACGUCGACGGCGUCGAGAUCUCGCACCCUGAGCUCUACGACGACGGCCGCUACGUCGUGCACGGCCUCCGCGGCUUCGUCCCGCCGCUCUCCCACGCCUCCUGCAUAGAGGGCACGCACCACCACCACCACCAGGUCCAAGUCCACCACCACAGCCGCCGCCACCACCACCUAAGCGCCAAAUCGGCCGCCGCCUCCGCCGCAACCGCCGCCUCCAUCGUGCGCAUCAUGAUCCGCGACGCCAUAUCCCGCCUGCGCGACAGCGGCUUCGGCUUCGUGGCGCUGGCCAUGCGCGUCAAGUUCGCCGAACUGGAGAAGCUGGCGAACCUGACGGUGUUCGCGCUCGAUGACCAGGCCAUCUUCACCGGCGGAGGCCACGGCUACGUCUCGGCGGUGCGGUUCCACAUCGUCCCCGGGCACCGCCUCACCCGCGCCGACCUCCUGCGCCUCCGCCCCGGCUCCAUCCUCCCCACCCUGGACGGCGAGGACCAGAAGCUCGUCAUCACCAGCGGCGCCGGAUCCGCCACCGACGAGGUCCGGAUCAACUACAUACCCGUGAAGGAACCUGACGCGGUGAUCAACUCCCGCGUCGCCGUGCACGGCAUCUACGUCCCGUUCCCCCGCCUUCACCUCGCCAACCUCGCCGCCUCGGUGGCCGUUGCCUCCGCCAUCCAGGUGAAUGGCAGCUGCGACAUCGGGGAACCCUUCGGCGACUGCGCCUCUACAGCGAUGACCUCUGCAACGAUCCCGGCUGCUCAGGGCUACGGCGGAGGGCAGUGAUGCGUGAGCCCGUUCGUUUUCUUCUUCUGAGUUUCUUAGUAACUAGUAGGAUUUUCAGCUUGCGGUUUCAUUGUUAGAUGAGAGAUGGGUUUUUGGUGAUGAAAUGUACCGCACUCGGCACUUGUGCAUGGUGAAUGAAAUCUUGAUGGAACUUCUGUUGGUGA